UUCCAACAAUUUAGUUGGCCUAAUAAACAAGAUAUCACAUCUAUCCAAAGAACCUUGUCUGCUUGUGAAAGUCUGUUAAUUUUUCUGGCUCUCUGAUUAGGCAUGUUGUUAUCAUUCUAAAGUUAUUUACUGGAAGAAACAGUCCAUGUAUUUUGCUUGGAAACUGUUGUGGUCUUAUAAUUUUUGUGGCCUGUUCUAUCAGUUAGCAAAAGAGUUGGAGCAGAGAGAGAGAGCCUGACCUCUUACUACCCUCAAGCUCUCCCCAGUGGGUUUAAACAGAAUCGCUGUCAAAACUAGAUUUAGCCACUUUAUCUGAUAGUCUGAGUUCUUUUCAUUGGGUUACACUUCAGGGAGAGAAGGAAUUUCUAGCUCUUUGAGCUAUCUGAUAGACUACCUGAAUCCAGACAGCACUACUUUCUGACCUUAAAUGAUAGCACAAUUUUUAUAGAAAAUUGCUUUAGUCACAGCAGCAGAUUAUUUGGUCAACAUGCAUCUGACUGACAUGAUUAAUUCAUUGGAUGUAUUUUAAUCCUUGAAAUAAUACUAGUAUUUUCCAGUCUCAGCCAAGUGAUCGCUUGGGUGAUGUGGGUAGAUAUAUAAUGUUGUCUCUGUAGACUUCAGCUUUUUCUAGCAGUAUCCCAUGGUGCUACUAUCAGAUGUAUAUUAUCCUGGUCUUCUGUUUUUAAUACACUUUUAAGAUUCCUUAAAAUAUCAAGAAUGAUGUUGACUGGAUAUGAAAGGGAGUCUCAGCCAAUUCUCUGUAGAUGAGGGACUACGGUGAAGAGAUGUGUGGGAAAGGGAUUGCUUGACCUUUCUUUCCAAAGGAAGCUAUGUCUUGCCAAGCAACAUAAAUACAGACCAGUUAGUCAGCCAUAACUGGCUGUGGGAGCAGGAUUACCAGUAACUGAUGAGGGAGCUGAACUGUCAAGUAGCAAAAUGUUCUGUUAAAAUGGCUGGCUCGCUAGUAAUGUGCAUGUGUUUGCCUACAGUGAAGUCAGAACUAUGGAAAAAGAAAAUCGGUUUACAUGGCUUCAACAGAAAUAGAGAAGCCUUUAUUCACCUAGUACUGUUCCUCAUCCACUAUGGACAACUUAAUUUAAUGUGAAGCACUUGUACAUUACUUGCCCAUCCUCAAAAUAUUGUGUAAAUUCUAACCUUGCCAGAACCUGUAAGAAGCAGAUAAAUUGCUUACAGAAGAGAAAGCCAAAACGUCUGUUAAGGCCACACUCUUUUUUAGUCCCUAACUCAGUUCACUAGAGUUCACUGCUAUAAGAUCAUUCUUAUGCUCUCUGCUCAAUCAUGAAUUGAAUCCAGUCCAGUGUAAUAUCUGUUUAUUGCCCAUCAUGUAUACAACAGGAGAAAAUGGUGGGGGGAGAUUACCAAAGUGUGCAAAGGUUUGCAUUAUGGGGAAAAAAUAAAAUUAAAUUAAACCUAGAGUAUAUUUUGAUAUAUUAUUAUAUUAUAUUAUAAAAUUAAUGCUGAAGAUUCUUUAGGAAGUUAGAAUUAUUUAAUUUUUGUAUGACUCUGUCUGUAGAAGUAAAAGAGGCAGAAGUGGGAGAGGUAGUAAUUAUCACGUCAUUGAACCUGCACUGAUUUAUAUAAUAUCAAAACAGAAGUUCUGCACACAGAUGAAUUUUUGACACUGUCUUCUAUGCACUUCAAAUCUUUGUAAGCACACUUCUGUAUAACAUGAUGUGACCCAAAGUUCAAGCAGGGAUUAAGACUUCAAAUCCUGCUAUCUGUAAACAACAGCAGACAGCUCUGUGCUUCUAUCGGGGAACGAUUGGUCUUUUUGUAAGGUGUUUUUUCGUUUUCUCCAGAAGGGGGGCAGUGCAUCCCUGUCAUGUUGAGAAUGAGCCUCUGUGCACAUAGCUGGGAUAUUCUAGUAGUUGUCCCAAUUUAACAGGGCUCCAUUUUUGCCAUUCCAGCCACAUAAGCACCACAGUAAAUGUGCCCAUGUACAGGAGAGAGAACAAGGGGGUUUGAUCAGUCUGCUGGAAAAGAGAACUGUAGGGAGAGUCAUGUGCUUGGGGAUUUCAACAGAAAUCUGGAGAUGAAAGUCUUGGUAAAGUGAUGUGAGUUGGCAGAUUUCAGUAAGAUUACCAGAAAGCAGGCUUUAACUCAAGCAUUCGGUGCUGUACUCCACAUAUUCAGUAUGUUGCUUUUAUUCCUAACAAAAUUCAUUGUAAAACUGAUACUCUCUGUCUUUAUCAUUACCUACUUGAUUUUAUUGUAGUAACCUUUGUGGGUGGGGCAAGAAAGGGGGUGGAUAGAUUUUUCACCUUUGAAAUCCAAUGCUGAAAGCAGUCAGUUGCAACAGUGUAGUACAGUAAAUGCAGAUUUUCUCUACAGGGAAAUUAAUCCACUUUGAUACAAGAGUUUAAGUCUUCUGUUUUGUUUAUAAUUAGUGAUUAAACUAUGUUAACAUGUGCUCCAUAUGCCCUUAAAACUGCUGACAUUUUGCUUUAGAAAAUGCACUGUGGUCCUCCAUGUAAUUUCAGAUGUCCAUCAUUUCCAAGGGGUCUGUACAUAAUGAUUAUUUCACUUAGUUUAUGAUUGGUUUAUUGGCACCUGGUAUGAUUUAAUAACAGACUCUCUCAUUUAUUUUUGUUGCUGGGUGGCAAUUUUCAAGAUGUUUCCUGGUCAGCCUUUGGAGUUUGAUCUUCUUUUUAAUAGUAUUCCCUUCACAUAGAUUAUCUUAAUUCUAGUGGUGCCAGUUUGGGAGAGCUGGUUGCAUUGUGUAAAGCACUAUAGACGUACCCGAUUUAAGAUGCAAGUGUUUCCAGGAAACCAGUCACAAAUGUUUAUCCUCUCUGAGACUUGCAGACAAUGUACUUUUUUCCCUCUGAUUGCUUUACGGAAACUUAGUUUUUUUCUCUCUUUUCUCCCUUUCUCCCCUCCCCCCACUUUAUGCAAAUGUUGGUUAGGUUUGGUUGCAAUGCUAAAAUUAUGUCUUAUUUCCUGCAUUUAAAGUCACUAAUUGGAAACAUUUGUUUCCACUGGACUAUUGUAGAAAAGUAAAGGAUAAAUGAAUAUUUAUCAGCCACUGAAUGUUUUGAAAUGGCUGAUGAAAAUUAUUUUAGAAUUUUUUUUAAAUGUUUUUAACUAGAUUAGGGCAAGAAUUUGCAAAGGGUGCUGGGUUGAUGGCAAUGAGAUGUGAAAUCAUCUUUGUCCACAAAACAAAUUACAAUGUAGGUGGUAGCAGUUGGAGCCAGUGCCAGCGUGCCAGUUGUGACCUGUGGUUUUGUGGUAUGGCUGGCCAGCUGCCUAGAAGUUGGGCAGAUUUCAUAGAUUCACUUAUUACUCUUUAAAAAAAUAUGGAUGCUAACUGAUUUUGUUCAAUGUUUUUCUUUCCUUGAAAUGAGACCUGCUAGCAUUUUAAUAACUGGAUUGAAAGAUCAUCAAGUUUUACUUGUUGUAAACACCUUGUGCAUUGCAUGUCAUUAUUAUCUAACUAUAGCAGCCGUCACUGUGCUUCCUUAGAAAUAUGUUCCUAUCUGCUCUCUCCUGAAGCUUAUGUUGUAGUACUCUCAAAAGCUCCAUGCAUGUAAAUGUUAUGUCUUUUUUUUCAUUCUUUUCACUAGAAGCGUCUCCCUUUCAUAUUUAUCCCUUUUAUCUUGGCUGAAGAUUCAGUGGAUGUGUUCUAGUCUCUGUCUUUUUAACCUUCUGGAUAAGACAGAUAAGUUAAUAGAAUCCCACGCAGAGGAAGGGCUAUCUUGCCUGGGCAGAGGGAUGGACUUGAUGAUCUAAUAAGUCUUUCCCAACUCAUGUGCCUCUAGUUAUAUGAGUUCAACCACACUGAAAUGGUCCAGGAGUUUCUGACACCUCUCCACUCUUUGAAUCUUAAGGGAAGUUUGAUAUGAGGCUCAGCUGAUCUUAGUCUGUAACAUGAACAAUCUAAACAUCAACAACAUAUAAAGAUUCCUGUCAAAAGGUACACAAGCUGAAAUGAUCCAUCAUGCUCUUACAUUCUAUAUCUUCUACUGUAGGAAUCAAAGGUCAUGCAUUUUCAUGUGGUGCCGUAGGUUGAUGCAUGUAUUCCCCAGCACCCAGUGCCUGCUGAAUAGAAAUUAUAGACACCAGUCAUCGUGGCAUCAGUGUUUCAGAAAUGUCUUCCCGACUACUACAGCCCGUUGGCACCACACAGUCCCAGAGUCUCUGAAUUGUAUCUGGCAGUUGCAUAACGAUCAUUUGGAGCUCAGGUAUGCAGGUACCCUGAUGCGCUUUGACUAUGUGUGGCUGCGUGAUCACUGCCGCUCAGCAUCCUGCUACAAUGCCAAGACUAAUCAGCGCAGCCUAGAUACAGCCAGCGUGGAUCUGUGCAUCAAACCAAAGACAGUCCGAACAGGGCCAGAUGGUCAUGUGACCCGGUAUGGGUUAGAGUGGCUGGUGAAGAACAGCUACGAGGGGCAGAAGGAGCAAGUCAUGCAUCCUCGAAUUCUCUGGAAUGCAGAGAUCUACCAGAAAGCUCAGGUACCAUCCACUGACUGCAAGAGCUUCCUGGAAACAAAUGAGGGCCUGAAGGAGUUCCUGCAGAACUUCCUGCUGUAUGGAAUUGCUUUUGUAGAAAAUGUUCCCCCAACCAAAGACGACACAGAAAUCUUAGCUGAGAGGGUCAGCUUGAUCAGAGAGACCAUCUAUGGUCGAAUGUGGUAUUUCACCUCUGACUUCUCCCGGGGAGACACCGCAUACACAAAACUGGCUCUGGAUCGUCACACUGACACCACCUACUUCCAGGAACCCUGUGGCAUCCAGGUGUUCCACUGCCUCAAGCAUGAAGGGACAGGUGGCCGGACGCUGCUUGUGGAUGGGUUCUACGCAGCAGAGAAGGUGCUCCAACAAGCUCCUGAAUCUUUUGAGCUGCUCAGCAAGGUGCCAUUGAAGCAUGAGUAUGUGGAAAAUGUAGGAGGCUGUCACAAUCACAUGAUUGGUGUUGGGCCUGUUUUGAACGUCUAUCCUUGGAACAACGAGCUCUAUUUGAUCAGGUACAAUAACUAUGACCGGGCAGUCAUCAACACAGUGCCUUACGAUGUAGUGCAUCGCUGGUAUGCUGCACACCGAACACUCACCACAGAAUUAAGGAGACCAGAAAAUGAACUCUGGGUCAAACUGAAGCCAGGCAAGGCACUGUUUGUGGAUAACUGGCGAGUACUUCAUGGGCGGGAAUCAUUCACAGGAUACCGCCAGCUCUGUGGGUGCUACUUGUCGAGAGACGAUGUGCUGAAUACUGCACGGUUCCUGGGGAUGAAAGCUUAGCAUGGACUGUCUGCAGCUGAGAGGCAGGCAACGUUCGACAAGCUGCAGUGCCCCAGGAUUGUAUAUCACCAGGAUGAAAAUGGUCUGGAUACCUCAACCCUUCCAUCCGUUCUAGACAGUCCCUGGUGCCUGGGGGAGCACUCCGAGGUCGGAGGGCACCAAGGCAUUGCCUAAUUGCAUCCUCCCAUUGAAAAAUCACACUGCUUUCUCCCUCCCCCCCGUUCCCCGCCCUGUGCACCACCCAAGGACCUUUUAGCACAGUCUGGUUCAGAGUCACAAGGAAGACACUGAGGCAGAGCUAAUCAGGAUACCGUCAGAAAUUCUCCCACUCAAGUGCCUUUUGGAUUAUAAAUGAGGCUAUGAAAGCCUCAUAUUUCCUCUGUUCAUCAAUGGUUGCUUUUUUCAGCCACUAGCUUAGGUUUUUAUUGUACAUGGCAGAGUUGCUUUUUUUUGCUGUGUCUUUCUCUGAGCUACAUGAGAGUCCCCUCUACAGAGAGGAUUUCAGUGAUCCUACUUGAAACAGUGUAGAAAUCAAGCCACUCCAGCUUGGGCUUGGUGAUACACUUCAGUAACUUCUCUUCUAUUCCUUACAGACACCCCACACCAUGUAAACAUAGAAAUAAUAGGGCUGUAGAGACAGCAUCUUAUUUCUCCACUAUUUGAGAGUAAGGCAUGCUGACUGAAGGCCCAGCUGAAUCAGCCAGUGCAGCUGGGACAUCUCCAAACAAGUUUUAGUGGAAAAGUAAGGAGAGGGAAAGGUGAUCCAUGAGGGGAGGGAAGCAAAGCACAGUCCCCCUUGGGUGUAUAAAGUGAGAGCAGUAUUUCC